AUGAAUUCGCCCCUUCUUCGAAUGGACAUCGAACGCACCAAUCGUGCUAAUAACCUUGCAAAUAUGAGACAACGAUUGGACAAAGAAAAACUGACUGACGAUGAAGUCGACAAACUCUACGAUAUCGUCCAAGUUACCGACGGUCUUUUCAAUCGAAAUCAUAUUCGGUACACCAUCGAAGGUGGUACUCUACUAGGUGCUGUUCGACAUGGCGGUCUCAUCAAACAUGAUAAUGAUGCCGACUUCGACAUUCUCCAAGAUGAUAUUCCACAAAUCAAAGCACUCGCUCCUCAGUUCGCUGAAUACGGUCUCGAAAUCAUCGAUGUUCCAGGAUGGGGUCUACAAGUCACUCACCAAGAUAGUCCAGGUCUUGCACCCGAUCUUUGGACAGAUGGUGUUCGACAGUGGACUAGUAAAUGGCCAUUUCUUGAUCUCAUUGCCAUUGGUUGGAAUGAACAGUUGCAACGCUAUGUUCUGGCGCAAGAUGUGGCUUUUCAUGAUUAUCCUGAAUACUAUCUGACGAAGUCCGACUGGGAAAAUGCAUUCGAACGUGUUCCAUUCGCUCAUCUUCAUCUGUGGGCGAUUGGUGGUGAGAAGAAUCGUCGAGCAUAUCUGGAUCGUCACUACAAGAACUGGAAUCGAAUGAUCGAAAUGAACAUGGAUCAUCGUUCGAACCAUUAUUUUGAAGUAGAAAUCGUAUGUCCACUGUCAGAAGAAGACUUGGGAUAUCGAGCGCGAAGUAAGAAGGCAACGACGUUGAAGAAGCCUUGGACAGAAGAAAACGGAAAGAAUUACUGA